AUGGAAGAGACCAAUGCUGCAGUAAAGUCGUCUAACCCGUGUGGGGAGAAUAUUGUGGACAUAAUAAACUCUGUCAACAGUGAAGUGUUGGUCUCUUGGCCUGGCUUUAUUACAGAGCUAGCACUGUUGGUUUUUGCCAUCGCUGUGCAUCGCCGUUAUUUCUCCAACUUGUCAGACAUUCCAGGGCCUUUCUGGGCAUCUGUCACUCGGCUCUGGCACGUAUGGAUUAUCCUUGAAGGUAAACAAAAUGUGAGGCUCAAGGCCCUUCACAGAAAACAUGGGCAAUUCGUUCGCAUUGCCCCUAACGAGGUCAGCGUUUGUCACCCAGAUGGGUCCACACUACUGCUUCGUGCCAAUUUACAUAAGAUCAAGAAAGCUCUUUCGAAGCACUUCACAGCAGGCUAUGCUUUGUCCCAAGUCCUCAAACGAGAACCAGAUGUCGAUGAGAAUAUUGAGCAUUUACUUCGCUGGGUAGAAAAGUACGCCGAAGACCGGAUGCCGAUGGAUCUGGACAGAUUUAUAACAUAUACGACGUUUGAUAACAUAGGCUCCGCCUUGUUCUCUGAGCCGUUUGGAUUCAUUAGGGCUGGUCGCGACAUCGACGGCACAUUAAGGAACAACGUGGCAUUGAGUAGAUUUGCAGCGGUAGCGGGCUUUUUCAUAGGCCCUUUGCGUAUCCUUAUCAAUCCUCUUAACAGUUGGUUGCUGCUUCUACCUAUGGGGCACCUCUACAGAACAACGUCAGUCGCCAUCAAGAAGCGUCUGAACAACCCCGAAGCACAUAAUGACAUGGUCGCACAUUGGUUGGGCGCUCACCAGAAGUCUGGCGGACUCAGCCUUCGGAAAAUCGAAGCACAGGCCAACGUCAACGUGGGAGCAGGGGCAGAACCUGUUUCAUCUGCAAUACAGAGUCUUUUGUAUCACCUAAUUCAGCAUCCCGAAGACUGGCUUAGGGUUCGUAACGAGAUUCACGCCGCGAAAGCUGAAGGCUCGUGCCAUGGUCGCGUCGUUUCGUUUCAUGAUGCCGACAAUUUAACAUACUUACGGGCCUGCAUCAAGGAGGCAUUGCGUGUGUUCAGCCCCACGACCAUGGGACUGCCUCGCGUAGUAGCAAAAGGAGGAAUCAACAUCGCAGGUCGACAUUUUAAGCACGGCACAAUCCUAAGCGUAUCUUCAAAGUGA